CUCAUCUUUCUAUCGCUCUCUCCCUCAGGUUCAUCUCCUUCCUUAUUCAUCUGUAGAGCCGCCUCUCUCUCUGUCUUUCUGUGCAUAUAUAUCUUAUCGAAGAAAAAGAAGAAGAAAGAUCAGAGAUCAGCCAAGGAGAAACUAAAGAAUGAGUUAUUACAAUCAACAGCAGCCUCCAGUUGGUGUUCCUCCUCCUCAAGGUUAUCCGCCAGAAGGGUAUCCACCACCAAAAGAUGCUUAUCCGCCGCCAGGAUAUCCUCCACAAGGAUAUCCACAGGGUUAUCCGCCACAGGGAUAUCCUCCUCAAUACCCUCCUCAAUACGCUCAGCCUCCUCCUCAACAACAAAAACAAAGCACUGGUUUCCUAGAAGGCUGUUUGGCUGCUCUGUGCUGUUGCUGCCUCCUCGAUGCCUGCUUCUGAUGAGAGACUCUGGAGGAAAAAGCAAUUGAAGGUGUCCACCCCAGCAUGUGCAAAAACAUUGAAAAACUUCAAUUGAUUUGUGAAAUAUGAUUUUCUUCAGACUCAUUUAAUUUUCUCAUAUCUAUCAUAUUUUUCAUUUUCUUUUAAUAAAUUGGACCUUGUUUUUCCUUUUUGAUUGGAAUUGAACCUUUGUUAUAUUUCACUCCAUUCUGCGCGUUUGUAAAAUUUGGAUAUGGCUGUUCCUGUAUUGUAUAGAAAAUCUGUUUUAGCAGAGUAAAAGUUUGUUGUUAUUGGUACAAGGUGGAAGGGCACUCGGUAGUUUCUGAUGGCAGACAAAGGAAUUUGGUAGCCACCAAAGAUGGUUUUGUAGUCUGUAUUUGCUGGAUCCGUACCCUUUUGGAGCACGUUUGGCGCAACUUCCGGUGGUGGCUUUUGACCUUUCAAAAAUAGAGUAGAUAUUAAUCCUUUCGAAGAUCUUUGUGCUACUGGUAAUGGGGGCUCCUAAGCAGAAGUGGACACCGGAAGAGGAAGCAGCGCUGAGAGCUGGUGUUGUUAAGCAUGGUGCUGGCAAGUGGCGCACCAUACUUAAGGACCCUGAGUUUAGUGGUGUGCUGUAUCUGCGUUCCAAUGUGGAUCUUAAGUAUUACAGAUUGGAUAGCCUUAUAAUGGAGGCUAUAAGUACCUUGAAGGAGCCUGGUGGUUCUAAUAAGACGAAUAUUGCUUCCUAUAUAGAGGAACAUUAUUGGGCACCUCCAGACUUUAAGAGGCUAUUGUCAGCAAAAUUAAAGUAUUUGACUGCAAACAGUAAACUGAUUAAGCUUUUUUGGACAUGUGCAUGAAGUUAUGUUCCCUUUCAAUUUACAUUGAAAUACUACUUGGAUGUUUUAGCAAACUGAACCUGUGAUUAGCAACUGGAACUUAAUUUCUGAAGCAGGUAAAUCAAUCGUGCUUCUAUGUUGUGUUUCUUUGUUUGAAUGGAAAUAAGCCCUGUGGGCUUCAGCAAGUUAGCUCAAGAAAUCAUUUUGUCAGGGAGAGGAUUGAGCCAUAGAAUGGGCCGGACAUUAAGAGUUUCAACUGGCUCUCUCUUCUUUCCUGACACAAUAUUCCCAUCUCUCUUUAGUUCUUUUAACUCUCUUUCUCCUCCCCAAGUUUCUCAUUCAAAAAGGAAAAAAAAAAACCUUAUCAAGGAAAAGGUACCAGGCUGCUAUUUGGUCCUUAUUGAUUUAGGGAAAGGGGAACUUGAACCCAAACUAGAAAGAAACUAAACAAAGAUCUUGGAUUUUAAUAAACAACUCACAUAUCUCUAUUUAUUGAAUAAUAAUCACGAAUGGAAACACUAUUUAAUUAUCCUUCAAUAAGAAUCAGCCAUAAAACCAAACUUAGAAAAUAAAAUGCCUAACAGAAUAGGAAUUUCUAAUAGGAAAUUAAGCUAAAAUCUCUGUUGCUUGGCUUCAUGUGGGAAUGUCCAGUAUGGUUAUGGAUUUAAGUGUUUGAUUUGAUGAUUUUGUACUUAAAGAUACGGGGAUUAAAUGAAUAAGAGACCAAAAAGUGCCUAUGGGUGGUUGAACUUGUUUGAUAUGAAGAUUGAUAAAGUUAUAAUAUUGCUAUAGGAAGCUAAGACAAUAUUACAGACAUAACACUAAUAAAUCUUUAGUGAAAGAAGAUAGUAAUUCCAAAUUUGUAGUGAAAAUGGAAAAAUUAGUACUAAAUAGUGGUACUGAACUAAUUCAAUAUUACUCAUAUGAAAAAGUAAAUAAAAAUUUUAAACAUUUAAGAACAGGUAAUCUCCAUUUUAUCUUCGCUUGAACAUAAGACUCUCAAUCAUCAUCUUCACAUGAUUAUAUAUUAUAACCUCUAGUGCUGGAUCACAUAGACUCUGCACCACCAGUAUUGUGGCAGAUAUGACAAGGGUGUGGCAUUAAAAUUGAAGGGCUUGAGCAACAUAGGCUAGAACAGAGACCACUAACUAAUUAUAGAAAUUUAAUAAAUUUCCCACAUAACCUUUCACCUUCUAAACUACAAAUGCUUCUUAAAUAAGCUAAAAAUUCCUAGUAAUAUAUGCAACACCUAGUUACACGCUAUUUUAAUAAUUAUCUUUUACUGUUAUGAUUCUUCCAUUUUAGUGUCUUGUAUUGCAAAAUUCUCCCGAACUUGGAGCGAACUUGUUCUCCAAUUGGAUGGCCCCUGGUUGAAUCAUAAGGAUUUACUUCAAUUCUGAUUUCCCAAGUAUACGUAUAAAACUCUGUUGGAUCUGUCUUGAAACAUAACUGAGAAUUAGAUCUUUAUUAUCUAAACCAACCCCGAGCAUGCCAUUUUGAAAUAGUUCAGUAACUAAACCUUCAUGAAUCCCUUAUUUUUUUUUUUCAUUACAGGUAAAACCCCUUAAAAGUAUUUAUUUAAAAAAAAAACCCUUAAAGUAUCAAUUAAUGUCGAUGGAAUGAUAUUAGGCAGUCAUUCUUUUUUGUACAAAUGGGAAGUCCGGAUACAAUUUAGAUAUCAGAAAAAUUACCAUAUAAAACACAAAAUUUCUCCGCCGAUUCUUUCUCGUCGAGCCUCUCGGUCUGUUAUUAUAUCUCGAGAAGUAGAAAAGAUUACAUUCCUCACCCCACCUAAAAUUCUCGGAAUUUGUUGAUAGUUAGAAUAGGGUCGUAAACCAGGGCGACUGAUCCGUUUUAAAUUUAAAAUAAUUUUAUAUGGUUCUUUCCUAUUUCAUUUGUGUCGCAGGCUUGAAACAAAAAAAUGUUUGUUGUUUUUCCGAUGUUUCCUUACAUUUUGAUAAAACCUUCUCUUAAAAGUAUUUUAACAAUAUUUUUGGUGAUGUUAGUAGAUGCUAUUCAAUCCGUUCUCUUUCUAUUCAUGUCUCAGUAUGAUAAGGAUACAUAUGUAUUCGUAAUUAAAAACUCCUCGAUAGUACAUUUUCCUAUAUAUCAUGUACCAUUUCGGUUAGAUGAAACCAAACGCAUGCACACAUGGAUUAUCUUAGAUUCCAUUCUGAUACAUUAUAUAAAUUUGUUGACAUACAUAUCAAUGAGAUCUAUACAUGAAUUAACAGAAUCUUUUUAUUUCCUUUUAGAUCUAAAUUGCAUUUUCUCUUUUAAUUUUAAAGAAAUAUUCCGUCCUUUUUUGUAUAACUAUUUGAAUCAAAUUGAAAAUGAAUCAUCUAAUUUUCAAUUUGACAAACUUAGCAAGCUCAUAACUACAUUAAGAAGUCGAAGAUUUGAAGAUGUACUUUAGGGUCUUGAAACUUGCAAAUUUUGAUUUUAAUGAAAACCGAAAAAUGGUGCUAAACUAGCGGAUUCCGGAUAAAUGUGAAACUAAGUAGAUGUACAAAAUGAACAAGCCGAAGAAUUAGUGUAUUUUUUAAGUGCAUUUUUGGUAUUACUGGGUGCACACAAAAAAUUUGGAGUAUUAUUGCUCGUCACAUUUUUUGCCUUUCUAUUUUCAACAUCAGUGGUCAAAACUUGAUCAUCAACUUUUAGAUCUACUGCAGAAUUUUUCUCUAUAUUAUUUUUUGCUGUACAUGAUUCCUCACCAAAUAGCAUCCUCAGAUAGGCUUAUAUGUCAGAAGCUUGCAGAUUUGGUAGAAUUUUAAUUGUUUGAAUUUUCUGUCGAUAUCUACUUUGACCAAAAACUUUCUAAAUCAUCUAUUAACUCAUGCUUUGUAAUGAAACAAUAUGCUUGAUAUAUUUUAACUAGGAGAAUAUGUUUAGGCCACGAUUAGGCCAGUUGUGUUUUGGACCCAUUUGCAAUCACUUUUCUUUCUUGUCUUAUUUUUGAAUUUUUAAAUAGAGAAGAAUUUUCAAGAAAAUUAUAAAAUUCAAAAACAAAGCACAUUAUUGGUUGGGUAGAAUAAGGUUCUCAGAGAAGACUCCUUGGACUGUAGAUUGGUGGUCAGUUUGUGUUGAACUGGCUGGGAUGUGCUAGAUUAAGCGCUGAACUGGUGCAAUGUUUAAUAUUUUGAUUUGAAAAACUGUAGAGACUCACUUGCAGGUUUCUUUGCGGAGUAUCUCAUUUCUGGUACACUAUUAAUAGAAAAGAAUAAGUUUUCGGGGAGACUCCACGGAAAUGGUGGUUGGUUUGUUAUAAUGUGGCUGGGAAGGUAGAUUUCUAGUGAGCUAACUUUUUUAUUUAAUAAAUGAUGCAAUGGUAUUCAAUGGAUUUAGAUUCUGUGGUUUGGUCGGUCGACAACCCAAACGUAUGAUUAUAAGAGCAGUUAAACCCUGAUUUGGCAGUGGCCAGACUUCCAGGUAGGUUGACAGAUUUAACAUUUUUCAAUAUUGCGAAUCCAGAAGGCUUUAUGUCAUGCUUGGAUAACUAGCAUUUUGGCUGACUAUCAAGUAUCAAUUGUAGCCAAAUGAGUUAGGCUGUAAUACUAAUUGAUGUAUAACAUAGAGGGUUUAAACCUAAAACUUAGGGAGAAAUCAGACAGAGAAUUAGACAAAGAAUUCAGACCUCAAUAAUCAACUUAAGAUUUUCAAUUAUAAUAAAUGAUAGUAGGUGUUGUAAUUCAACAAAAGAGGCACCUUUUAUAUAGGCACCGCUCAAAUAACCAAAUAUAGAGAUAGAUUACCUAAGAAAAUCGAAUUUCUUA